UCAAAUCAAAACUUGUUACAAUAUUGACAUGUUAACUGCAAAUACACUGCACAAAACUCUUCUCCUCCACCAUCAUGUAUCAUCAAUUCAUCAUCCAUAUGUAUCUAUUUUGGAAGGAUCCAAAGCCCAACCCCACUUCCAUAAAUUAUUUGAGGAAAGAUUAUCCUAUUCAUCUCUCUCUACAACAAAGAAAGUGAUAUUUCCACACGAAAAUAAAAACCCAUAACAAAAAAAGCUUACAAAAAGCAGAAACAAAGAAAUCUUGGUUUUUUCUUUCUCCUUUUCUUACUGACUCUGCUAAGCAUCUUUACCUCAACCUUUUUUUUUUUUCUGUUCUUUUACUCUCUUUUAUUCUUUCCUUCUUCUUGGAGUAAGGUUUUUUUUUAUUGUGGUCUUGUUUCUUUACUCUUCAUUCUCUUCUUGCAUCAAACGAAGUUUCUGCUGCUGCUUCUUCUUCAUUGGGUUUUUUCUUUCUGUCAAUCUGGCAGUGUUUUUGUGUGAUCAGUAAAGUUGAAUUGCUUUUCUCAUUAUAGUUUUUUUAAAAGUAAUUCUCCUUCUUGAGUACUCUUUCUUUUUGCUUUGGAAUUUUCUUGGAGUUUGGUCUUAUGGAUAAAUUUACUGUGAUAUAUUUUUCUUUCCUUUGAUCAAACUGUUAAAUUCAAGUUUUUUCAACUCAAGAACACACUAUGAAGUUCUUCUGUCCAGUUUCUCACUUUUACCUCCUUAUGGUUUAAUUUCUUGCACUUUUCCUGUGGUUUCUUGAUCAAAGAGUUCAACUUUUUUAUACUCCUUGGGGACUCUGUUUCCAAUGGGACUCUGUCAUGGAAAACCCAUAGAACACCAACAAAAUCAAUCAGGAGACAUCGCAAUCCCAGGCGAAAAUGAUGCACCACUCAAUUCCCACUCCACAAAGUCAUCAAAUUUCCCAUUUUACAGUCCCAGUCCAUUGCCAAGCCUCUUCAAGACAUCCCCAGCAAUACCAAGUCUGAACUCUACUCCCCUGCGCAUCUUCAAACGCCCAUUUCCUCCUCCUUCUCCGGCAAAGCAUAUCAAGGCACUGCUGGCAAGAAGGCAUGGCUCUAUUAAGCCCAAUGAGGCCUCAAUUCCUGAGGGAAAUGAGUAUGAGAUUGGUUUGGAUAAGAAUUUUGGGUUUUCAAAACAUUUUAUGUCUCAUUAUGAGCUUGGUGAGGAAGUGGGGCGUGGACAUUUUGGAUAUACUUGCUCGGCUAAGGCCAAGAAAGGAAGCCGGAAAGGCCAUGAGGUUGCCAUUAAAGUUAUUCCAAAGUCCAAGAUGACCACAGCAAUUGCCAUAGAGGAUGUAAGACGAGAGGUGAAGAUAUUACGAGCUUUAACUGGUCAUAAAAACUUGGUUCAGUUCUACGAUGCCUAUGAAGAUGAUGACAAUGUUUAUGUAGUGAUGGAGUUGUGCAAAGGUGGUGAACUGCUAGAUAGAAUACUUUCAAGGGGUGGAAAGUAUUCAGAAGAAGAUGCUAAGGCUGUUAUGGUUCAGAUUUUAAGUUUCGUGGCCUUUUGUCAUCUCCAAGGUGUAGUUCACCGUGACCUCAAGCCAGAGAAUUUUCUUUUCACUACUAAAGAUGAAAAUUCCCCUCUGAAGGCCAUCGAUUUUGGACUGUCAGACUAUGUAAAGCCAGAUGAAAGACUGAAUGACAUCGUAGGAAGUGCAUAUUAUGUUGCUCCUGAAGUACUACAUAGAUCAUAUGGGACUGAGGCAGACAUGUGGAGUAUUGGAGUAAUUGCUUAUAUACUUCUUUGUGGAAGUCGACCAUUUUGGGCACGGACAGAAUCUGGCAUCUUUCGUACUGUCCUUAAAGCUGAUCCAAGCUUUGAUGAAGCCCCUUGGCCUUCUUUAUCUCCUGAAGCGACAGAUUUUGUAAAGAGAUUGUUGAACAAGGACUACCGUAAGAGACUAACUGCUGCUCAGGCUCUGAGUCAUCCGUGGUUGAAAAAUUAUCAUGAGAUAAAGAUACCAUCAGAUAUGAUAGUAUGCAGGCUUGUUAAAGCUUAUAUAGGCUCAUCUGCACUACAAAAAACAGCAUUGAGGGCUCUUGCAAAGACAUUAAAUGCUCCACAGCUCGCUUAUCUACGGGAACAAUUCACAUUGUUAGGGCCUAACAAAAAUGGAUUCAUUUCCAUGCAGAAUUAUAAGAUGGUGAUGAUGAAGAAUUCUACUGAUGCCAUGAAAGAUUCGCGAGUCCUUGAUUAUGUCAACAUGAUUAGUUCUAUUCAGUAUAGAAAAUUGGACUUUGAAGAAUUUUGUGCCGCUGCCAUAAGUGUGCAUCAGCUAGAAGGAAUGGAAACUUGGGAGCAACAUGCAAGGUGUGCUUAUGAUUUGUUUGAGAAGGAUGGCAACAGGCCCAUUAUGAUAGAGGAACUUGCCCCGGAACUUGGACUUAGCCCAUCAGUACCUGUUCAUGUCGUUCUUCAAGACUGGAUAAGACACUCAGAUGGGAAGCUUAGUUUCUUGGGAUUUAUUAGACUUCUACAUGGGGUUUCUCCUCGGACAUUUCGGAAAUCUUAAUGUAGGACCCAACCCUAAACACUUUUUAAUCUAUCCUUCUCACUUGAGCUUAACUGUCUUAAGGAAACAAAUGCGUGCCUAAAUUUGGAGCUAGCUAGCCCAGCCUGAACAAAGCUAGUGUCCAUGGUCAAGAAAAAAAGGAGCAGCAAGUGGACACCGUAAGCCAAUCUGGCAUGUGCUGCUGAUGAAGCAAUUCCCAGCAUCUUCUCGUGUCUUUAUUUUUGUUGGAUGUCUGGGAUUUCUUCCUUUUCUUCUUUUUGUCAGGUACUCUACACCUACCCCGUUGCCUUUUUUUGUCCAUUUUAAUAUCAAAUGAUUGGCGUCCUUGAAACCUAGAGGAUUGUACAGGUGAGGGUGGGUCGCAAAAUGUAUCUACAUCUUGUGUAAGGCUGUUAGUAGAGAGUUUUAAGCUAUAUUUUUAUGGUUUCUGGGUUCAUCACUUGCUUACCAAGAUCUUGUUUUAUUCCUAAUUGGUUACGACAUUUAGUAGCAGUCUUUGAGUCUUUAUAUUUACAUCAGUUGAUGCUUUGCUGCUUGUUUCACUCACUCCGUUAACCAAUGCUCUUCUGUUCACCCUUCUGCCUUUAUUGUUGUAUCAAGCGUACAGAAAACCAUAGUUAUAAGAAUUGGAUCGGACUGUGUUGGAUCAGUUUAACCGGUGACCCGGUACUCAAACCAGUUCAGUUCUUUUAUUUAGAUCAGAUUUGUAAUUAAUCGGAUUCAACUAUAUUUAUCCAGUGGUUCAAUUAAUAAAUUGGUGAA